UCUCUCUCUUCCAAAUUUCUACUUUGUACAACCAUGCCUGCUUCUGCUUCUUCUUCUUCUUCUUUCCUGUUCCUAUACGCUGGUUUAUUCUUCCUUGUAGUGAUAAUGAUGUUACCCACCUCAGAUUCUUCAGAACCUGCAAAUUCAGGAAACAUUACAAACAAUAACACAACUAGCCCUCUUCAACAGCAGCUCUCGGUGGAAUACUACAGCAAGACCUGCCCACAACUCGAACAGCUCGUCGCAUCAGUGACCUUUCAACAAUUUCAUGAAUCGCCCAUAUCUGGGCCUGCAACCAUUCGUCUUUUCUUCCAUGAUUGCUUUGUCGAAGGCUGCGAUGCUUCGAUUCUGAUAUCAUCAAAACCGGGAAGUUCAGCAUUGGCCGAGAAGGAUGCGCACGAUAACAAGGAUAUCGCAGGGGAGGCGUACGAUAGCAUAGAGAAAGCCAAGUCCUUAAUCGAAACCAAAUGCCCCGGCAUUGUCUCCUGUGCUGAUAUUCUCGCCAUCGCAGCAAGAGAUUUCGUUCACCUGGCUGGGGGUCCUUAUUACCAAGUGAAGAAAGGAAGGUGGGACGGCCGGGUCUCAAUGGCAUCAAGUGUGAGCUCUAAUAUCCCACGUGCGAAUUCCACGGUGGAUGACCUUCUCAAGCUUUUUGCCUCCAAGGGUCUGACUUUAGAAGACCUGGUGGUGCUUUCGGGUGCCCAUACCAUUGGGUUUGCCCAUUGUGAACAUUUUGUGGAUCGAUUAUAUCACUAUAAGGGUACAAAGAAACCCGACCCAUACAUUGACCCGAGACUUUUGAAGGCUUUACGUAUGACGUGUCCGGCUUCCGGUGGCAACACCGAUGUGGUGGCGCCGUUUGACGUUACGACACCGUUUGUGUUCGACCAUGUGUAUUACAUGAAUUUGCAGGUUAAGAUGGGGCUGUUGGCUACGGAUCAAGCAUUGUUCUUGGAUCCAAGGACCCGACCCGUUGUUGUGUCUCUUGGGAAAGAUAAGAAAAAGUUCUUUCAGGCAUUUGCAGAUGCUAUGGAGAAGAUGGGUUCAAUAGGAGUGAAAAGGGGAGGGAAGAAUGUGGAGAUUAGGAGAAAUUGUGCUCAAAAUGUGUGAUGG